GUGUUGACAUAUUGAAAAACCUCAGAAUAAUUCAAGAACAAGAUCUUUUAUUCACACGGUCACGUAAACCACGUAAAUCCACACUGUAAUCCUUUUUCAAUGAAAAAUAAAGUUUUUCUCAAUAUAUUUUUGUAGACAACACCGAUUCUGAAACCGAGGAUCCAGAUGAUGCUAUUGUGUUGAAAACCUUCAUAAAUAUGCAUUCCGCAUGGAAAGAUAAAAAGUUGCAAGCAAGGCGAUAUACAAGCUUCGAAAAAGACAUUUGCGCAUACCAAUUUUUAACGGCCGGCAGAGGAAACUAUGCCUUUUUAGCUAGCAACAGCAGCACGAUAUCUAUAAAGACAAUUCAACGCCACUUGAAACAAAAUACCAUUCAAAUAACCGAGGGAAAAAUCGACGCCAAAGGACUGAAGCAAUAUCUGUUGCGGAAUGAAUUCCCACUGGCUGUAGUCCUUUGCGAAGAUGCAACCAAAAUUUCUGCAGCAUUGGAAUAUGAUUACAUUAGCGAUUCUGUUCGGGGUUUGGUGUCUCCAUUGGAUGAACAUGGGCUACCAAACACAGAUUUAUUUACUGCAACAAGUGCAUAUAAAAUGGCGGAAGAUAUUGAAAAAUAUCCUGUCGGUAAUCAUGCAUACGUCCAAUUAGCACUACCGCUAGCUAACAAUGCAUCUCCUUAUGUGUUGUUCCACACGUGCUCAGAUAACAAAUUCGAAGCAAAAGACGUACUAAACCGAUGGAAACAUACAGAAUACUUAUUAGAGAGGGAAGGUAUAAAAGUCAUGGCGCAUGCAAGCGAUGGCGACCCAAGGCUGUUAAAAGCCAUGAAGAUUCGGGCAGGAUAUGGAAGCAGCGAUACUCCAUCUCGUUGGGGAGAUUGGUUCAGGAUUCGUGAAAGCCUGACGACACCGAUCAACGUACAGGACAUGAUUCACACUGUUAACAAGUUCCGAAAUCGGCUAAUCAAUUCAGAUAUGCAAUUUGGCCGUUACACCAUCACAAAAACUCAUUUAAAACAGCUGGUUCUAUACCACUCGAAGGAUAAGCAUUGCUUAACAAUGUCGGACAUUGACAUUAAAGAUAAAAUGAAAUUCGGGCCGACACUAAGAAUGAUGAAGAAGCCAACCAUUGAGUAUUUGAAAGAUAAUAUAGCCGACAGUAACGCAACCGCCCUUUUCCUUGAUCUAAUGCGUAUGAUGUAUCGGUCGUACGUUGACGAGGAUGUCAUGCCACUGGAGAGAAUCCAAGAUUUAUGGACUGCGACCUUCAUAGUUCGAGCAUGGCGGAAUUGGACAAAGAAACGAUUUCAAAAUAUGAAACAAUGCAUUUCUUCUAACGCAUACAUGUCGCUUGAGUUGAAUGCUCAUGCUUUGAUUGUUUUCAUGGAGUUUUGCCGAAGCAAUGGCACUCCAGAACAAUUUUUGGUAUCCUGUUUGUCUAGCCAGCCGAACGAGAAAAUUUUUCGACAGCUAAGAUCAAUGGCAACAACUAAUCAAACCAUUGUAAAUUUCACCGCUAAAGAGCUGACCAGUAAACUAAAGAGAGUUCAGAUGAAAACUGAUAUUAUGUACCGAUGUAGCGAUCGUGUUAAUUUUCCCAGCAUAACGCGAUAUUCAAACAAUCGCAAAGUUCAAUAUUCUCUGCCAUCCCCAGAUGAAAUUAUUGAUGCAGUGAUUAGAGCAAAACACUCCGCCCAUGAUGCAUUGGUUGGAAUAGGAAUUGAGGAACAAAACAUUAACAUGGAUGACUCAAUUGCUCUUAUAGCAGAUAAUCUACCACCGGAAUUUGAAUUCAUUGAUAUGCAGGAUUACGAAGACGAUGACCAUGACCAGGAAGAGGAUAAUAUAUUCGAAAAUAUUGAAGCUAAUCUUAAUCCAAGCUUUGAACACGAAGAUUCUGAAAUUGAAGAGAAUAUCGACGAAGAAUAUGACGCUGAGCUGCAAUCGAUCGAAGACCACAUAUCUGAACCUAACGAUAUCACUGAUGAAGAACCUAUUUACGAAGCAUCGAGAUUAUUUCCAAAUUGCGGAACACAUUUAAGCUUGAAAAGUACAACAGCGGGUACCAAGCACACGUUCAGAAUAUCAACUAGUGCCGGUUUAAUACGAAAUAUCAAAAAAGCUACCUUAUUAUGGAUGUUGGUACCAAGCCGAUACAAAUUGAGUACCGACAGAAUAAGAAGAUUUACCCAAAGAGAUUUUGAGAUUGUUUAAACUACAUUUGAAGCCAUUGAUAUUAAAUUUAAAAUUUUAUUAUCAGUUUAAAUUGUUAUAUUAAAUAAAAUACUGUUUGUAUGUUCAUUGUUUAUUUUUUUCUUGAACACUGGGAAAUAAAAAAAACAUUGAAACCUUGUUAAGACUUCUGACCAUGAAGACCAUGAAACUUCCAGGAACUCUAAAACUCUUUAAACGCCCUUGAACGGCAUAUGCUUGGGCAUAUGCAAAUUUCCUGAGACCCCUAGAGGUAUCCCUGAUUUCCCUCUGAAUCCUCUUGAGACCCCUGCAACGUCGCUGAAAAUCCCCUAGAACACCCCAUGAAACUCGCUAAAAUCCCUGAAACGCCUCUAAAGACGUUUCAGAAACCCCCUUCUGAAAUUGUUGAAUGGUUUAAAUUAACCAAAAAAGAAUUCCAUUUGAUUUGCAGGAAAUUUAAUUUUGGGUAUCCAUUCGUUUAUUCUAUUAAAACAGAGCAAGGAUGCAAAUUGGAAUGGUUGAAUACGACUCUUCAAACCUUCAAAUUGUCAACUCUCAUCUAAUCUAUUUUGUUUACAAGUUAAAUAUUUUGGCACGGCAU